GCCGCCGGCGGAAGUGUGAUUGUUGGGCGUUGUGGGGGCUCUUUCCGCCUGUGGCCUGGAGCCAAGAUGCUGCUCGGUGCCUGGGAGUGAGCGAUGGGAAGGCUGCUGUCGCUGGCCCACAGAGUCGCCUUGGCCGCCGUGCACUGCAGCCGUGGCUGUUGCGGGCUCGGGAUGUUCUAUGCCGUGAGGAGGGGCCGCAGGACCGGGGUCUUUCUGACCUGGAAUGACUGCAAAGCACAAGUGGACCGGUUUCCUGCCGCCAGAUUUAAGAAGUUUGCUACAGAAGAUGAGGCCUGGGCCUUCGUCAGGAACUCUGCAAGCCCAGACGGUUCAGAAGGGCAGAAGAAUAAACAUGUACAGGAAUCACCAGUGAAAGCCAGCAAGCGACCCCGUGAGGCAGUGGAUGAAGAUGAAAGCGCAGAGCCGUGUGCAAAGCAUGUAAAACAGGACACAGAAUCCGCCCCUCCAGUUAGCAAAGACACCUUUUGUUAUAUGGGAGACUUUGUCGUCGUGUACACUGAUGGCUGCUGCUCCAGUAAUGGGCGGAGGAGGGCGCGGGCAGGCAUCGGUGUGUACUGGGGUCCGGGCCAUCCCCUCACCGCAGCCUGCAAAGCCAUUGAACAAGCAAAGGCUCAAAACAUCAGUAAACUGGUUUUGUAUACGGACAGUAUGUUUACUAUAAAUGGUAUGACUAACUGGGUUCAAGGCUGGAAGAAGAACGGGUGGAAGACGAGUACUGGGAAGGAGGUGAUCAACAAAGAGGACUUCGUGGCGCUGGAGAAGCUCGCCCAGGGUAUGGACAUUCAGUGGAUGCAUGUUCCUGGUCACGCAGGAUUUGUAGGCAAUGAAGAAGCUGAUAGGUUAGCAAGAGAAGGAGCUAAGCGAUCUGAAGAUGGAGCGAAGUGACUUUGGUACUUGAGGAAACUUGGGCCAGUGGCUGUGUCGCUACCUGUCCUUGCACGGAAGAGAAGACCGCAGGCUGGACCGUUGCAGCACACGGGCAGACCUGGCUCUCACACCGAACCGGGGAGGCACGGGGCCUUUCUGUGAUGUGAAGUGGUUACCUGUAUAAUAAAUUGAACAUCUUUGAGAUUUGAGAAUUGUGUGAGAUUUCAGCUUUACGUUUAUCGAUACUGUUCUUGCUUGUUUUAUUGCAGUCUGGCCCCAAAUGUCACGGCUUUGGUUUU